AUGCUAAUCGUUAAAAUCAUAUAUUUAAAUAAAAUAAAUAAAGAACAAACUGAAUUAGAUGACUAUUAUGAAGAUACCUUUUCUGAUGAUGUAAAUGACAUAUUAGAUAUCAAUGAAGAAGAUUCUUUUAGUCAAGUUUUAGAGUCUUCACCUAAAACUGUUAAUCAUUUUGGACAACCAGUUUGUCAUAAAUACAGACAAGUAUAUGAAAAUUCUACUGGAGUUUUUACAUUAAGAGCUCAUCUUAAAAAACAACAAAUAAAAGCACCCAAAAAAAGCAAACUACACUUUAUAUCUAUUGGACUGAUCCUCACAAUAAAUAAGAACAACAAAAGCAAAAUAAAAAAUUAA